CUUACAGAGCACAGAGAGAUUCGUAAUACGUAUGGUCUAGAUUCCCUUUGCCAUUGCCCAUUGUAUGAAGAAGCUAUGCACUUAGCAGAAGAAGGCAAAAUUUAUUCACGAGUGUUAAGGACUGAAAUGUUUGAAUGUCUAGGAGACAGUGACUUCCUUGCUAAGCUUCACUGUAUUCGACAAGCUUUUCAGGUAAUUCUUUCAGAAACAGCAAACAGAAUAUUUCUUGCCGAAAGUGGAAGAAAAAUUUUGUCUGCUUUAAUUGUGAGAGCACGAAAGAAUCCAAAGAAAUUUGAAGAUGUCUUUGAUGAAAUGAUAUAUUUUUUGGAACAAACAGAUCACUGGGAUAAUACUGAAAUGGAACUUGCUGCUAGAGGAGUGAAAAACCUGAAUUUUUAUGAUGUUGUUCUGGACUUCAUAUUAAUGGAUUCAUUUGAAGAUUUAGAAAAUCCACCAAUAUCUAUACAGAAUGUAGUAAAUAACCGCUGGCUAAAUUCCUCUUUUAAAGAAACAGCUGUGGCUUCAAGCUGUUGGUCAGUACUGAAGCAGAAAAGGCAGCAAAUGAAGGUGCCUGAUGGAUUUUUUGCACAUUUCUAUGCUGUAUGUGAACAUAUCAGCCCUGUUUUGGCGUGGGGCUUUUUGGGCCCUAGAAAUUCCCUUUAUGACCUAUGCUGCUUCUUCAAGGAUCAAGUGCUUUUCUUCCUCAAAGACAUUUUUGAUUUUGAAAAGGUGAGAUACUCAACUAUGGAGAGUUUGGCUGAAGAUCUUAUGCAAUUAUUAAUUCGACACACUGAACUUUUAAUGGCCUAUCUUGGAGCAGAUUCACUAAGACAUGUCAGUGCUUGUGUAAGUGGUCAUGGGCAUGUCAUGACCAGUGGGCUUUUAGAAGCAAAAGUACAGUAA